AUGGCCUUAUCAAAAUUUGCCCUGUGCCUUUGGCUUUGUACUAGCAUGUUUCUUGUCUGCACACAAAUCUUCUCAUUGGAACUUGACCCCCAAACUAGGGCACUUCAAGAGGCUGACCGGGUUAUAUCGCUUCCCAGCCAGCCUCCGAUGCAAGUGCUGUUUCAGCAAUAUUCAGGGUACGUGACGGUUGAUAAGAGUAAUGAGAAGGCUCUUUUCUAUUGGUUUUUUGAAGCCACCAGCAAGCCAGCACAAAAACCCCUUAUUUUGUGGCUUAAUGGAGGUCCAGGAUGUUCUUCUGUUGGAUCCGGAGCGGCACAAGAGAUUGGACCGUUUUUAGUAAAAGAAGGCCCAACGCUUAAAUUUAACAAAUACGCUUGGAACAAAGCUGCAAAUUUGUUAUUCUUGGAUUCUCCUGCUGGUGUUGGAUUUUCAUAUUCAAACAAGAGUCUUAAUGUUCAAGGAGACAACAUUACAGCUCUGGACUCGUACGCAUUUCUCCAAAACUGGUUCAAGAGGUUUCCACAAUACAAAUCCCACGAAUUCUACAUUGCAGGUGAAAGCUAUGCAGGGCACUAUGUACCCCAACUUGCUGAUGUAAUAUUUGAUGAGAACAAAAAAUCAGCCAAAGAAAAUUACAUUAAUCUCAAAGGUUUCAUAAUUGGGAAUCCAUUUUUGGACUAUGAAACCGACCGAAGGGGAAUGUAUGACUAUGCAUGGGGACAUGGACUCAUCUCCGACGCUCUUUACCAGUCAAUCAAAGCCAAAUGCGAUUUUAGCAGUCAAAUCCUAACUCAAGAAUGCUGGGAUCAAAUAUUCAAGUACAAUUCAUUGUACGAAAUGAUCGAUAUGUUUAGCUUGUACACUCCAACCUGCGCCUUGAAUGCCCCCUCUUCCUCUGGAAAAAAACUUGCAGCCCGUUCUAAUACCGUACGUGUUUCGGGACUUUUCCAUAUGAUACCAAGUGCAGGCCAUGAUCCAUGUACAGCAAACUAUGCAACAAAAUACUUUAAUCGUCCGGAUGUUCAACAAGCAUUGCAUGCAAAUGUAACCAAUAUAUCUCGUCCGUAUAUCCUCUGCAAUUCUGAGGUGGGUAAUGCAUGGAAGAACUCAACCUUUUCACUUCUUCCAACUAUUACAAAGCUCAUCAAUGGAGGCCUUCGUGUAUGGCUCUUUAGUGGAGACACGGAUGGUAGACUUCCGGUAACCUCAACAAGGUACACAUUGAAUAAGCUUGGACUAAACAUAAUUGAAGAUUGGACGCCUUGGUACAGCCAUAGGGAGGUUGGAGGAUGGACUGUUACAUAUGAAGGAUUAACUUUCAUAACUGUCAGAGGAGCAGGCCACCAAGUUCCCAUGUUUGCUCCGCAGCAAUCUCUUCAAAUCAUCACACACUUCCUGGCCAACAAGAAGCUGCCAUCUCUUGCUUUUUAA